AUCUAAUAUGACCUAUGUAGACUGUAAAGUAUACUGUAGGUACUCAAAUAAUUAGCAAUUUGUUGGUAUUAGAGAAUAGGUAGUACCUGUUAUGAUAGUAGACCAUUUGUUCAAUGUCAUUGAGUUGUGUGAUUUGAUUUUUGAAUUCUGUUCAUUAUUAAACUAAACAAGUCUGUUGAAGUAUGUCUUCAAUUAUAUUAAAAUACCAUGAUUACAUUGAAGAAUAAUCAUGUUUACUGCUUUUGGUUGUACCGAUAUGACGUUUAUUUUUAAUUUUUACUAUCAAAGUGUGUGUCCGGCGUUUAACAUAAAUAUUCAGAAAUCUGAACGAGCAUUUAGAAAACAUGAACUUAGAACAGUUCCAAUAAGUAUCAAAAUGAAAUUUGAAAAAAGCAUUGUUCCAGCUGGUUGGGAAAGCGACGAGUAUGAUGAAUUUGGUGAUCUUAUUGAACACAAGUCAUAUCAUGUAAAACCAGAAGAAGAAGAUUUUCAAUUAACAUUGAAAACUGCCUGUGCAACAAAUAAUGUAUCUGAAAUCAACCGUAUUUUAAAAUCUGGAACUGUUAAUAUCAAUAGUUAUUUGCAUAAUAGUUGGACCGCUUUGAUGCAUGCAGCAUUUAAUGGAGCAUUAGAUGCAGUGACAUAUCUUUUACAGAAUGGCGCAGACCCAUUACUUGAGUUUGACUGUCAUAAUGUUAUAAUGUGUGUAUGCAAUUGUACUUGCAUUUCUAAUGAAUCGGACUUAUUAAAUUGUCUAAAGCUUUUAGCAAAUUUUGAUAGUAUUGACAUCAACUCAAGAGAUAGAACUGGACUGACAGCACUCAUGUAUGCAUGCUCCAAUGGUUGGUUGAAGUUAGUAGAAUUUCUAGUCGAUCAUGGUGCAGAUAUAGAGUUGAAAGAUCAUGAGUCUGGAGAGACGGCUUUAUUUUUUGCAGUACGUAUCAAUCAUGUAAAUAUUGUGAAAUUUCUAUUAUCAAAAGGAGCUGACAAGGAUGCCACUGACAAUAAAUGUCAGACAGUGCAUAGAAUAGCUGAAAAUAAAAACAUGGUUGAUAUUUUAAAUUUAUUGAGUAUGGAUUAUAAAAAUCCACAACUAGAAGUUUAUUAUUCAGGAGAAGAAAAUGCUUACUGGAAUGAAGUUAUGACUGAAUUGGAAAAUGGUUUUAGUAAAGACAUAAAAUCAUUUUUAGAAGCAUUAUCAAUGGAAAUCUAUACAGAUCAUCUAGUUGCCAAUAAUGUAGAUUUUAAAAGUCUACUUACUGGAAAUAAUGAUCAACUUUUAAACAUGGGAAUCACUUUAUCACCGCAUCGUAAACUUUUGGCUACAGCGCUUAAAUGUUUUCAUACAUGGGGUUGGUCUCGUCAUACUUUAGAUGUUAAAAAAGACAAUAUGAAUGCUGAAAAAAUUGCACAGACAUUGGGGAUUAUAGUUAGACAAUUGCAUAUAUUAGAUGCUUCAAUAAAGUACUUAGGAAAUAAUAGUUAUGGCUUGAAUCAACAAAAAGGUCAAGAAGCCUUUAAUCUUUUAAAAAGGAUUAGAACUACAGAGGAUAAAAUAUUUAAAAUAUUAGACCAAGAAGUGAGAAUAGGUCAAGUGGACUACACAGGAUAUAAUAAGAUAAGAAAUCAAAAUAUAAAAAUAAACAUGGAUAACUUGUUUGCUAGUGCAGCUGUUCUUUUAGUAUUAUUGCGUAUAUUUUAAAUAUAUUUUUU